UUUAUCAGAGGAACCUCAUUAUUGGCGUUUUACAUGGACCUUAACCUAAACAACAUAAUUUAACUGUACGGCAGACAAUUCAUGUUGAAUUGUUCUGGUUUUAACAUGCUGUGCCAAGCCAACCCUCCGUCUCUUUGCGUGUCUUUGCGCGUUUACGUAUGCGGAAGCGACGGUUAGAGAACGAGCGAUUCAGUACACGGGCUCCGAAGGCUCGACCGAGCACCGCUCCUUGUGGUAUUUGUACCGGCUACAGCACGACGGGGUGGCGGGGGACGAUAGAGGGGGGCAGAGGUGUGAGUAAAGUACAAUGAACGACGCCAAUAAGGAGGGGAGUUUGGAUGCAGACGGGAUCCUGGGACCGGGUGAACUGCAAAUGGCCCCCUCUGAGAACCACAACCAGCAUGACACCGGCGACGAGCUGGUGAGCUCGGUGACGCUGUACAGGCGCAGGCCCCGGCUACUACACGGCACAGUGCUCCCGUUUUUGGCUGUUCUCUACCCAGGCUGGCUGUACGUGUGGUUGGGAGUGUAUGGUGCUUCCGAGUAUCCGGAGGCAGGCCUCCUAUCUCUCGCCGCUAUCGGGAUCGCGCACGUUCUCACAGCGCUCUCCGGUUAUUGGUCCGUGCACGCGCACUGCUGGCUCACUUGUUCGAAGGAACCAGACCCAAACAAGGCUAUGCUGGCAAAGGUCAUACCCACCCCGAACAACGGAUCUGCUGAGCUUGUGGCACUACAGAGAGACCAGGAUGAGAAUGGGGACAGAAUUUUAUCUUUGGAGUUUCAAAAGAUCCGCUACAUUUUUGACCACGAAGAAAAGAAAUGUUUCCUACCAAUAGCUUUUCCAAUAAACAACCCAAUGGGCAACUUUCAGUCCUGGCGUGGCUACCAGGAAGAGGCCGAACUCAGAGCUGCAGAAAAGCGUUUCGGCACUAAUCGUGCCGAGAUGAUGGUCCCAGAUUUCCUAGAACUCUUCAAAGAGAGGGCUACAGCUCCCUUUUUUGUUUUCCAGGUGUUCUGUGUGGGUCUGUGGUGUCUGGAUGAGUACUGGUACUACAGUAUUUUCACACUGUUCAUGCUGGUGGCGUUCGAGGCCUCCCUGGUCCAGCAGCAAAUGAGGAAUAUGUCAGAGAUCCGCCGAAUGGGAAACAAACCCUACAUGAUCCAGGUUUACCGCAACAGGAAGUGGAGACCUAUUUCAAGUGAUGAGCUUGUCCCUGGUGACAUCGUCUCAAUAGGGCGUUCGCCCCAAGAAAACGUGGUACCCUGUGAUGUGCUGCUCCUGAGGGGUCGUUGCAUCGUGGACGAGGCCAUGCUAACUGGAGAGUCAGUGCCCCAGAUGAAGGAGCCAGUGGAGGACUUGGACCCAGAGCGAAUCUUGGACGUUCAGCUCGACUCUCGACUUCACAUCAUCUCUGGAGGGACAAAAGUGGUCCAACACAGCCCCCCUUUGAAGGCCAGCGCUGGACUCAAACCUGUAGACAACGGCUGUGUGGCCUAUGUACUGAGAACAGGAUUCUACACCUCACAGGGUAAACUGUUACGAACCAUCCUCUUUGGUGUAAAGAGAGUGACGGCAAACAACCUGGAGACUUUCAUCUUCAUCCUCUUCCUCCUUGUGUUUGCCAUUGCUGCAGCUCUUUAUGUGUGGGUAGAAGGAUCCAAGGAUGCCAGCAGGAACCGCUACAAACUGUUUCUGGAGUGCACGUUAAUCCUCACUUCGGUUGUUCCACCAGAACUCCCCAUCGAGCUUUCUCUGGCAGUUAACACGUCUCUUAUCGCCCUGGCUAAACUUUAUGUAUACUGCACGGAGCCCUUCAGGAUACCAUUUGCAGGGAAGGUGGAGAUUUGCUGUUUUGACAAAACAGGAACACUGACCAGUGACAGCCUGGUGGUACGAGGAGUAGCAGGCCUCAGAGAAGGAAAGGAGGUGAUGCCUGUGUCUGAGAUCCCAGUUGAGACGCAUAGGGUGGUGGCCACCUGUCACUCACUGGUAACUCUGGAUGAUGGACAGCUAGUCGGAGAUCCACUGGAGAAGGCCAUGCUGACUGCAGCUGACUGGACCCUCACUAAAGAUGAAAAGGUGUUCCCACGAGGCAUCAAAACCCAGGUUCUUAAGAUCCACCAGCGUUUCCACUUCGCCAGCGCUCUGAAGAGGAUGUCAGUGUUGGCGUCCUUUGAGAAACUCGGCUCCACUGAACUCUGCUACAUCUCAACUGUCAAGGGAGCUCCAGAGACGCUCAGAGGAAUGUUUGCAGAAUGUCCGGCGAAUUAUGACGAAGUCCACAAGGAAAUGUCUCGGGAAGGGGCGAGAGUGCUGGCCUUGGGUUACAAAGAGAUGGGACACCUCAAUCAUCAGCAGAUCCGGGAGAUGAGUCGCGAUGUGCUGGAGUGCGACUUGCAUUUUUUUGGGUUCAUGGUUGUGUCCUGCCCCCUCAAGAGUGACAGCAAGGCGGUCAUCAGAGAGAUCCAGGAGGCAUCUCAUCAUGUGGUGAUGAUCACCGGCGACAACCCUCUAACGGCCUGCCAUGUAGCAAGAGAGCUCCACUUCAUCCAGAAAGAACACACACUUGUAUUACAGCAUAGCCCUGGUCAGGGUGAGUGGCAGUGGGAGUCCAUUGAUGGCAGUGUGCAUGUACCACUGCCCCCUUCCUCCGUUUCCGCAUUUGUCAGUCAGUUUGACUUGUGUGUAACGGGGGAGGGGCUAGCCAAACUGACCUGUGACCUCCAGCUUCUCAACGCCCUCUUGCCUCACAUAAAAGUGUUCGCUCGAGUCAGUCCAAAACAGAAGGAAUUUGUCAUCACAAGUCUAAAGGGGCUGGGUUAUAUGACACUGAUGUGUGGUGAUGGUACAAAUGAUGUUGGAGCUCUCAAACAUGCCCACAUAGGUGUUGCUCUGUUAGCCAACGCUCCUGAGCGCAUGCCUGAAAGAAAGAAACGGGGGAGAGAAAAGGAGCUGCCCAUAGUCGACUCCAGACCUUUACCUCCCGUCAGUUCAGGAGGAAAACUGAGCUCUCGGGCAGCCAGGCAAAGAGCAUUGACCCAGAGAGAAGAGCAGCUCGCAGCACAAAAGGAGAGAAUCAAUCAAGUCUUACGGGAACUUGAAGAGGAUCAGGUACAGGUAGUGAAACUGGGUGAUGCCUCCAUCGCGGCACCCUUCACCUCCAAACUCUCCUCUAUACAGUGCAUCUGCCAUGUAAUAAAGCAAGGCCGUUGCACUCUGGUGACAACGCUCCAGAUGUUCAAGAUCCUCGCUCUCAAUGCCCUAGUGCUGGCCUACAGCCAGUCUGUACUCUACCUCGAGGGGGUCAAGUUCAGCGAUUUCCAGGCAACCCUGCAGGGCCUGCUCUUGGCCGGAUGCUUCCUCUUCAUCUCGAGAUCAAAGCCACUGAAAACGUUAUCUCGAGAGCGGCCCUUACCAAACAUCUUUAAUCUUUACACAGUGUUGACUGUGCUGCUACAGUUUGCUGUUCACUUCUGUAGUCUGAUGUAUCUUUACAAAGAGGCACAAAGCAGAAGUCCGCCCAGAGCGGAGCGGUUUGCAGAUCUAUAUAAAGAGUUUCAACCCAGUCUCAUUAACAGCACCGUGUAUAUAAUGUCCAUGGCCAUGCAGAUGGCCACCUUUGCCAUUAACUACAAGGGUCACCCCUUCAUGGAGUCUCUCAGCGAGAAUCGACCCCUACUAUGGAGUCUCGCUCUGUCAGGUUUAGCGAUUGUGGGACUUCUUACUGGUUCCUCACCAGAAUUCAACGAACAGUUUGCUCUUGUAGAUAUUCCAACUGAGUUCAAAUUGAUCAUUGCCCAGGUUCUGGUUGUGGACUUUGUCGCCGCUCUGCUUGUGGAUCGUGUCUUACAGUUCCUGCUGGGCAAAGGAUCUCUCAGGCUGCCUUCUUGAACUCAGUGCCAACAGUGACCGCUGUAAACCGCAAAGGGAGAGAAGACUUUGGAGGAGGAUGAGAAUCAAAGCUGUUGUGACUUACACAAGACGACUGAGAUGGUCAUAGCGUGCAGUACUGUACACUCCGUGUUUCCCUUCGCUCGUCCUGCUCUGCCCCUCCUUAACCAUCUGUGCAUCUGCAUUUUCAUCAGCUCUUUUUUCAAUUCUCUUUCUGUUUUUUAUCAUAAUCCUUUUUUUUUUUUACAUUUCUCUCUCUUCCCUCAUCUGUCCUUCCCCGCUGCUACACAAGGCCAUGAAGACAGCAGUAUUGAGUGGAGUGCAAGACUGUGUGCCAGCCGGAGUGAAACAUACAGGAACACAGGAAGGGCAAUCUCCAAGAGAAUUGCACAAGUGUUUUUGAUUUGUUUUUGAUUCCUCUCCUUGAUUUUGUAAAAAGUGAAAAACAUCUCUAACAGACUUAUAAAGACUUACAGAUACACA